AUGGUUGCAGCUGGAGAUAUCAAUGUGCGUGUCACCUCGAUGGACUCGGAGCUCGAGUUCGCUAUCCAAUCGAGCACCACUGGAAAACAACUUUUUGAUCAGGUUGUAAAAACCAUCGGCCUUCGCGAGAUUUGGUAUUUUGGUCUCCAAUAUACGGACAACAAGGGAUUUCCAACAUGGCUUAAACUGAACAAGAAGGUCAUGUCUCAGGAUGUUAAGAAGGAUCCAACUCUCGUUUUCAAAUUCCGCGCCAAAUUCUAUCCAGAAGACGUAGCCGAGGAGAUUAUUCAAGACGUCACUAUGCGCUUGUUCUAUCUUCAAGUAAAGGAUGGAAUUCUUUCGGAUGAGAUAUACUGCCCACCGGAAACAUCGGUUCUCCUUGCCUCAUACGCGAUGCAAGCGAAAUAUGGAGACUAUGUUCCGGAGACACACGUUUCUGGAUGUCUCACUGCUGACCGUCUCCUCCCGCAGCGUGUUCUCGGACAAUUCAAACUUAAUAGUGAAGAAUGGGAACGCCGUAUAAUGACAUGGUGGGCAGAUCAUCGUGCAACGACACGCGAACAGGCAAUGCUUGAAUAUUUGAAGAUUGCUCAGGAUCUCGAGAUGUACGGAGUCAAUUACUUCGAAAUUCGCAACAAAAAAGGAACCGAUCUCUAUCUUGGAGUUGACGCUCUUGGAUUGAAUAUCUACGAUAAGGCGGAUCGUUUGUCUCCGAAAGUUGGAUUCCCGUGGUCUGAAAUUCGAAACAUUUCAUUCAACGACAAGAAGUUUGUCAUCAAACCGAUUGAUAAGAAGGCUCAUGACUUUGUCUUCUACGCUCCACGUCUCCGUAUCAACAAACGCAUCUUGGCGUUGUGCAUGGGAAAUCACGAGCUUUACAUGCGCAGAAGAAAACCAGAUACCAUCGAAGUUCAACAAAUGAAACAACAAGCAAGAGAGGAGCGGGCCCUCAAAGUUGCUGAGCAGGAGAAGCUCACCAGAGAGAUGUCGGCUCGCGAAGAAGCUGAACAACGCCAUCGUGAAGCCGAAAAGCGAAUGCAGCAAAUGGCUGAGGACAUGGAGAGAGCUCGUCUUGAAUUGGCUGAAGCUCACAAUACUAUCCAUUCAUUGGAGUCUCAAUUGAAACAAUUGCAAUUGGCCAAACAAGCUUUGGAGCAGAAGGAAUACGAACUUCGCGAACUCACCGCUCAAUUGCAGUCGGAGAAGGCGAUGAGCGAUGAUGAGAGACGUCGUUUGAGAGAUCAAGUUGAUGCCCGUGAACGUGAAGUCUACACGAUGAGAGAAGAAGUUGAGAGACAAACAACUGUUACCAGACAACUCCAGACACAGAUCCACACUCAACAACAUACUCAACACUACAGCCAUCACCAUUCCAAUGGACACGCUCAUGACGAGACAGCUACUGAUGAUGAGGACAACGGGGCAACUGAACUCACGAAUGACGCUGACCAAAAUGUGCCACAACACGAAUUGGAACGUGUUACUGCCGCCGAGAAGAACAUUCAGAUCAAGAACAAACUGGAUAUGUUGACUCGUGAACUGGACAGUGUUAAGGAUCAGAAUGCCGUUACCGACUAUGAUGUUCUUCAUAUGGAGAACAAAAAGGCCGGUCGCGACAAGUACAAGACUCUCCGUCAAAUACGUGGUGGAAACACGAAGCGGCGAAUUGAUCAAUACGAAAACAUGUAA